AUGUGGAACACCUCUGAUGCCAACUUCUCCUGCUACCAUGAGUCGGUGCUGGGCUAUCGUUAUGUGGCAGUUAGCUGGGGCGUGGUGGUGGCCGUGACAGGCACUGUGGGCAACGUGCUCACCCUGCUGGCCUUGGCCAUCCAGCCCAAGCUCCGUACCCGCUUCAACCUGCUCAUCGCCAACCUCACAGUGGCCGAUCUGCUCUACUGCACCCUUCUCCAGCCCUUCUCUGUGGACACCUACCUCCACCUGCACUGGCGCACUGGUGCCACCUUCUGCAGGGUCUUUGGGCUCCUCCUUUUUGCGUCCAACUCUGUCUCCAUCCUCACCCUCUGCCUCAUCGCCCUGGGACGCUACCUCCUCAUUGCCCACCCGAAGCUCUUUCCCCAUAUUUUCAGUGCCAAGGGCAUCGUGCUAGCACUGGUGAGCACCUGGGCAGUGGGUGUGGCCAGCUUUGCUCCCCUCUGGCCAAUCUAUGUCUUGGUGCCCGUAGUCUGCACCUGCAGCUUUGAUCGCAUUCGAGGCCGGCCCUAUACCACCAUCCUCAUGGGCAUCUACUUUGUGGUUGGGCUCAGCAGUGUCGGCGUCUUCUAUUGCCUCAUCCAUCGCCAGGUGAAGCGAGCAGCACAGGCGCUGGAUCAGUACAAGCUGCGCCAGGCGAGCAUCCACUCCAACCACGUGGCUGGGACAGAUGAGGCCAUGCCUGGCCGUUUCCAGGAGAUGGACAGUGGGCUGGCAUCAGGAGGGCACAGCGAGGGGAUUUCAUCUGAGCCAGUCAGUGCUGCCACCACCCAGACCCUGGAAGGGGACUCAUCAGCAGUGGGGGACCAGAGCAACAGCAAGGCAGCUAAGCAAAUGGCAGAGAAAAGCCCUCCAGGAGAGCCUGCCAAAGCCAGGACAACUAAAAGAGACCAGAGAGCUCAGGACUCUCCGUCAGAGUUUGGGAAAGUGACUCGGAUGUGUUUUGCUGUGUUCCUCUGUUUCUCCCUGAGCUACAUCCCUUUCCUGCUGCUCAACAUCCUGGAUGCCAAGGUCCGGGCUCCCCGGGUUGUCCACAUGCUUGCUGCCAAUCUCACCUGGCUCAAUGCUUGUAUCAACCCUGUGCUCUAUGCAGCCAUGAACCGCCAAUUCCGCCAAGCCUAUGGCUCCCUCCUAAAACGAGGGCCCCAGAGUUUUCAUAGGUUCCACUAG